UCUCUCGUGCCUUUCAGACACAAUGGACCCGACAACAACCCUCGUUACAUUUAUGUUUCAGACGGAGCCCUCUGUCCAAUCCGUGCGCCUCAUUGGCUCUUGGGACAACUUCACCAUGUGCUAUAGCAUGGAGCGGGACAGUAGACGUGGCCAGGGCCAGUGGAGAGGAUGCUUCACAUUCCAGAACAUCAUGUACGAUCAUGGGAGCCCACACCAUCACAAAAGAAGUGGUGGUCUGAAGAUGGGCCACACCUACUUCUACUAUUACGAGGUCGAUGGGUCAACCGAGACAUUCGAUACUACGAUGCCUUAUACAACUGCUUGCCCAUACAUGCCUGGUCAGACAGUCAAUACUCUUCAAGUCCCCAUCGAACGCACGGCACGCCUCCGAAGUGCAUCUAUGAACUCUGUCCGCCUGGAGAAUUUUAGAACGAUGGACCCGGCGACCAAGUUCAUGAAGCCGCUGCCACCAACGCCCCUCUCGUCAGGCACAAACAAACGGCGGUCCCAGUCCGCCCCACAACCUUCACUAUCGUCAUCUCGCUCAGCAUCUCCACGGUCAUGGAGAAGAUUCUUUUCACGCAAACUGGAGACUCCUGACAGUCAACGUGCUACCUCUGCCGCCUCGCAAGACACCACCUUUACCGCCUAUGACAACGUCAUCACGGUCUCUCCGCCACAUGUCCGCGCUGGUCGUCAUGUAUCGUCGCUUAGCGAAGGUGCUAGGUCAAGAGACAUCUCUCCAAGGUCGCUAUCACGAAUUUUACGGGACGACAGCCACGUUCCACGUUAUCCAAGCCACAGUGCUCAAUUACCACCGCUCAAGAUACCAGACGACGUUAUCGAGCAGGAUGAGGAGGAUGAGGACUUUAUAGCCUCCGCAGUCUCUGAAAGCCAAACAUUUGUCACUGUCCUUUCGCCGCCCCCAUUUCAGCGAUCCUCAUCGUCCGAGACUAUAAAGCGCAAUGCCGAAGCGAAUUCCUCCUCAACGACAGCAGCACCGGAGCUCUCCGUACCACCUCCUCUCCUUGACGGGAGCCAGCCUAUCUCUGCUGUGACGAAUGAGACAGGAUCAGGAUACGAAUGGACUGUCCCGAAACCAGACCAAAUCAUCACAAGUCCUCAUCACGAAGAUGUCCCCAUGAGCUUUUAUGAUGAUGAAGAUGAUGACGACGAAGUCAUGUCUAGCAACGAGGAUGAAGCACACUUUUCUCCUGUUCCUCUGUCGCAGUCGCGCCUGACUUCCUUCAAGGGCUAUAGCUUACCGCGUCACGUGGAGGAAACAAAGGACGUAUUCAUUCAACAGAGUUUUGCAUAUCGUGGCUCACCAAAGCUCAUCCCCGACAGACCCAAUCUACUGAAUACACAUGUUGAGGCAGGCCUUGAUGAGUUUGUUAGUGAGCUUGGGUGGAUAGCUGGCGCUAUAGGUACACGAGAGUGGCAUUAA